AUGUGCUGGGGAAUGUCAACCCCAACACCCCCCUCACCAUCCAAAGAGACCGAAUCCAUAAUGGCUGUCACAAAUGGUUUCCUCUCGGCACUAAAUACCAAAUCUCGACCUGAUUUCGAAAGACACUGCGUACGGUCAGGCGGCAUGUCUUUAUCCCCACCACCGCCUACAGAUACAACCCCUCGCUUUUGCACGAUUGGCUCCUUCAUUGAAUACAUGGCGACGCUACAGGAUGAUGUGGAUGAGCGGAUCUGGGACCCAGAGGUCAAGGUUCAGGAGGGGGGUAAUCUUGCGGCUGUCUGGGCUCCGUUCAGGGCGAAGCUCAAUGGGGUUGUGGAUCAUGUUGGUGUCGAGCUUUUUGUUUUACAUAAGUUUCAUGGGGAGUGGAAGGUUACUGGAUUGGUGGAUUCUUGUAGAAGGCCUACUGAAGAGGAGAUGGGUAUGGAAUAG